AUCAAACAAGGGGGGGAAGAAGCCAGAGAGAAAAACUCUUUCCACCGCCCUGCGCGUUUCUGCAGCCUUGUUCCGAGGCCGAGGAGCCCCUGUUGGAAGAGAUGGUGAUGGGCCCCGGCCCCCUCUUGUUGGUCUUCAUGCUGGGUCUGGGUUUGACCCCACCAACCCUGGCUCAGGAUGACUCCAGGUACAAACACUUCCUGACCCAGCACUAUGACGCCAAACCAAAGGGCCGGAAUGACAGAUACUGUGAAAGCAUGAUGGAGAGACGAGGCCUGACCACACCCUGCAAAGACACCAACACCUUUAUUCACGGCAACAAGGGCAGCAUCAAGGCCAUCUGUGGAAAUAAGAAUGGAAACCCUUACAGAGAAGCUUUAAGACUAAGCAAGUCUCCUCUCCAGGUCACCACGUGCAGGCACGUAGGAGGGUCCCCUCGACCUCCCUGCCGGUACAGAGCUACACCAGGCUUCAGACACAUUGCUGUUGCCUGUGAAAAUGGCCUGCCUGUCCAUUUUGAUGAGUCCUUUUUCCAUCCAUAACCAGCAGGCCACAGCUGGCUCUGCUCCUCUUUCCUUGCAUUUUCCUCCACACCCCAGAACAGUGGUGGCAACAUUCAUUGCCAGGGGCCCAGAGAAUGAGCUGCCUGGAUAUCUUGUUUUCCUUUUUACAACAUGCUUCAUAAAUAAAAAUGUUUCUGAAAGCAGUAAGAAUCAAA